AACAGCUCGUGCACUGUACCACGUCGUAUCAGUGAAAUCAUUUGAUUUUGUGCAAAUUAUUUGAAUAUUUUAUCAAUUGCUCAGGAAAGCAACUUGUAUGCGACGAAAUGGAUUUGUAUUAGACCUUCUUAAUUUAAUAAAAUCAUAAACGUGUCGGUGCAACGUGGCGCCGUUGUCACGUAGUAUUUUGCUAUCCAUAGAAUUUUUUUUACCGCACGUUCGCAAGCUUCGCACUGCAGGACCUCGUAGGAAUAGUAAACAACAAAAGCACGAUGGGGCAGGAUAAAAUAUUGAUCAAGAAACAGAGAUGGUAUUUAGGUGGUAUAGCUUCAGGAAUGGCUGUUUGUGUUACUCACCCCUUGGAUCUGUUGAAGGUAGUUAAUAUUUUAAUAAUAUUUGUAUUCCAGGGUCCUCAGGUCAGGGGUGAAGACCUCAUAUUUUAGAGAGUAGCACUAGCGGGAAUCUAGUGUGGAUUUGGGUUUUGAUUUGAGGUCUAAGUAGUUGAUUUGAGGUCUAAGUAGAUUUUGGGUUAGCAUCUGGUUUCGAUUAGAGUUAGGAUUUGGACUAGAGUUAGAGUUUGGUUAGGAAUGUGUCUCUCUAUUUGCAUGUUGUAAACCUGGCCAAGUACUGGUUGAGGGUCCUGAUGGGGGGUCUGAAAAUCAGUAAACGGUAAAAUUUUUGGUAUUUUAACGGUAUAAAUCUUUGAAUCUACUGAAAAGUGUUUUGAAAUGAUAAACAGUAUUUUUUCCCCUCACACUUCACUGUAAAAUGUUUAGUGUUUUCAUGACUGACGGUAACCAAAAUUGAGCAAUGACGACUCACAAUAUACCCCAUCAACACCCUCCUGUUUUGUUUAGUCGUCUUAACCAACCAGCUAACUAGACUGCACGUAACUGUUGAGAUGUGUUCUUGGAAAACUAAGCCUAUGCUGACGACUGGACAAACCCAUAAUCAUAUGCAAAUUCAUCCAGUUCUAUUAUAAAUUGCUAAAGUUAGCCAUGCAGGAAUUUGUCUGGUACGUUUCAUGCUUGCCAUGUGAACGGGCAAAGCAAAAGCGUGCAAUUCAGUAAAUGUAAUGGAGGCUGACCAUAGAGUGCCAAAGCAUCAGGUAAUGCAAUGACAAAGUACUAUUUGUAACUUUUUAUCAAGGUUCAUUUACAAACACAACAAAAGGUCCAGACAGGUUUGGCAGGAAUGGCUGUUAAAGUCGUGAAAUCAGAUGGCGUCUUGGCAUUAUAUAAUGGACUAUCAGCUUCAGUUUUACGACAGGUUUGAUUAAAGCUAUUCCACACAUACAUCCAUGCAAAUACCAAUAUACCCCCUGCAGCACAUCCCAUCCCUCCCAGAACAUUAGCACUGAGAAGCUAAACAACCCCUGGAAACUCUACAAUAUCCUAUCCCGGACAAAUCUUGCUUGGCUUAUGUUAAUUUUAUAGGCAGAUUUUCUGUACCUCCCUAAAGUCUGAAGCGCCCACCAAAAAAUAUUCCCAUUGAAAUUUCCACUUUAACCCAUCAGAAAAGUUAAUAUACACCAACGCUAUAGUUUUGCAGUUAAUAAAUGACAGUGGACCCCCUCCCCGAACACCCUGUGUCAAAUGGUUCAAAAUCCACAUCUCAAUUUUCGGGCAGGUUAUAAAUAUUUUGAUUUAAUUUAGCUGACGUAUUCCACAACACGAUUUGGUAUUUAUGAAGUUGGUUCUUCAAAAUUGAGAAAAGGCAAUGGUAGGGUGAAAUAUGUUUUAAGAACAUAAUUGCCAUGUGUAUAGGUUAAUUUUUACCUUGGCUAAGUUGUUUACUCACAUUAUUUUCAGAGCCAUUGCCAUUCUAUCAGAAACUUUUAAUUGGAGCUUUUGGAGGUAUGUUGAAAUGAAAUCAUAUGAAAGUUGAUGAUUCACAUUGAGCAUCAGUGCUCCCCCCUUGACAAUUAGUAAAAUUGUCUGGCUGUAGACAGUAAGAUUGUAAAGUGGGAUGCACUGGGGCACAAUUAGAACAGGACGUGAGGGGUGUAUGGGAAGAAAGAACACAAAUUUCAGAAACAUCUUAUCAUCAAGAAAACCAGACUAAAAAUUCCAACAACAGUUGCCAAUAACACUGUACAAGUGUUUGAAAAAGUUCACAAUGAAAGCCAAACCUCCCGAAUUUGAGAAUUUCCAACUACCAGAAAGGUGUGCAAAUUCUUUUCUUUUUCUGAAGGGUUUAUUGGAGGUUUUGCUGGGAAUCCUGCUGACAUUGUCAAUGUUCGGUAAAUAUAUUAUAUACAACUCAAUGAUAUAUAGUAUUUGUAUUAAGUAUACAAAAGAAAUUAAGCACAUAUAUAAUUUUGAUCUACAUUUCAUUACAGGAUGCAAAAUGAUAUCAAAAUAGCUCCUGAACUUCGAAGGAAGUAUGUGUAUGAUUAAAUUUGGAUUCAUUGUUCAAUUGAAUAAAUAGGAUUUGUUAUUCAAGAAUUUUGUUUCUUCUAGUUACAAGCAUGCAAUUGAUGGCGUGAUCAGAAUUGCUCGAGAAGAAGGCUUUGCAAUGUGGAUGAGAGGCGUAACGAUGACCUCGUCACGUGGGAUUAUGAUUACAUCAACUCAGGUUAGACUAUUCUAGUGUGACUGUAUAGAUCCAUUGCACUGACAUCACAAAUCCUUAAGAGUGCCCUCCAGAUGCUCCCUAACAAUAUCUGUUCAGGUACAACAACCACACACAGUGCAAAAAUGAACCAUUUUAAUACAAAAUUAUUAUAAACUUUUACAAAAUUUGCUUUGCUUACAAAAGUUAUAUUAUGCAUAGAUUGCUAAUUUGACCUCCAGAUGCAUCGUCACUGGCACUGUGACGUCAUGUGCAAUGGGUCUACAGUGUAUACCUACACAUUGCAUUCCUCCCCAUACAAAGCAGGUUAAAUUAUUUUGUGAUAACCUUUUGAGUAAAGCAGACUAUUCAUCAGAAAGGUUUUAGCUUUAAACGGCAAAGUUUUAAUCUUAAUUCUUGCUUUGCAUCCAGGUUGCUUGUUAUGAUCAAAUUAAGGAAACAUUACUUCAGAGUGGGUAAGAACACCUUUAUGCCCAUUACAUACUGCAAUUGUCUAUUAUACAAAGUCUCUGAGGUCUGUUCUGUUACCAUUUUCCCAUCAUUUUAAUCCUUAACUUUUUAUCCAUUUCCUAGAUACUUUUGUGACAAUAUCAUCACACAUUUUACAUCGAGUUUUAUGGCGGUAUGUUGAGGAACAGCAAGAUUCACAAGAGACAAACAAGGAAAUUUCAAACGAGUGGAUUAAAAUUUAAAAUAUUUAAUUGUCUUUUUGUAGGGGACAAUAGCAACAGCAGUCACUCAACCUUUUGAUGUGAUGAAAACAAGAAUGAUGAACUCAACAGAGUAUAAAGUAAGAAAACCUUCACUGCAAGGAAGAAAAAUCUGUUGUCUCAAGAGGGAUUUGAACUCCCUCUAUGGGUUUCUAGACUACAGCUCUACCCAUCCAGUGAUGAAACCAACAGAGAUUGGAAGCAAGCAAUUAUUUGGAGAAUAUUUUGUGAUUUCAUCGAUAUUAUAAUUCUUGUUAUACCAGUUAGCUGGGCAACUUGGCUCUGACUACUCUGUUAAUAUUGCUUUUGUACAUCCUUAUCUUCAUGUAGAAUGUAUUUGAAUGUUUUUGGCAUACAGCAAAGCUUGGACCAAUGGGUUUCUACAAGGUACUGCUUCUUGUUUAUUGUCUCCAUGUAACUCAAUUUAUUUGCAUCAUCCUCUGUGUAAGUUGACUUAUCUGUUCCAUGAUUUUCUUAAUUCAUCACUUCAUCUUCCUCUGGGUCUUUUUCAUCUUACACAUUCCUUCCACUCUCUCAUAGCUAAUUUUCUAUCAUCCAUUCAGACCAUAUCUCAUUCAAGAUAUUGCUUCUUCUAUUAUCUGAACUAUGCUUUUUACUCCUCUCUUCUAUGCCUUCUUCUCCAGCUGGUUUUCUAUUCUACUCAUGUGUAAAAUGUUCUCAGAGUUAUAAUUUUUGUACCCAUCAUGAGUAUUUAAGUCUACCAUCUUUCCUAAAAUCACCUAACUUUUUGGAGGAUCAAGAAUAAUUAACUUUUACAACAUUGUUAUUUUUGCAGGGAUUUAUUCCAGCUUGGAUACGUCUUGGACCGCACACGAUAGUGACUUGGUUAAUACUGGAACAACUACGCAGAUUAUUUCCUCUUUAAAUACACACCCAUCUGUGAAGCCAACAUGGGAUAGAGAGAAGAAAAUCAGGUCUAUACAAUGUUUAGAUCAUUGAACCAAUUGUGUUCAGCAAAGAAUUAAAACUAACUUUUGUAACUAACUCUUCAGACAUCCUAGUACAUUUUAAUAUUCACCCUGCUCCAAUGGGCAGUGAACUUUCCUGCUGGAAUUACCCAAAGGUUAAUGGUGUUUUUGUCCAUAUAGUGUCCACAUAAUAUGUUUGCAGCAAUGUGUUGCAAUGCUUUUUAUUCUUUUACUGUCUAUAUGGUCAGAUGCUGUGAUUUCUAUAUUAUAUAGAUCAUUAUUAUAAAUUAUAUUAGAUAAUUAUAUAAAUUGAUAUUCGUAAAUAAAAAAAUAUCUUCAACAUGUAAUUCACUGUGUAUAUUCAUAAAUAAUUUUCAAAACUUUAGAUUAAUUGUGUUGCGCCAACUCCUUGACAUUAUCGACAAUAACGGGGCACCCAAGAUGCGUAAAAUAAUCUUUCUCGUGUUUGUGUUUUACACCAUACACAAUAACACUUACAUUUGACUCUUUCCACAGCUGAACAUAGAGACUGAAAAAUGAAAGGAAAAAUUUAUGAGUGGUGGACAUUAAGGGGGGUAGGGGGUGUUAA